AUGUCUUCAUGGCAGUUCUGUACUGAUUAUAAUAGAAGACCUCUAUCUGUACAACUUUCAACUGCUGCUACAUAUAUCUCUGAUGCUGUGCAUGUUUUUCCUGCUUUCUUAUCAGGCUUUCUGGGUCAGAAUCCUCUUCAAGAUCCAUUCUGCUCAGUCUUGGCCCAAGAAGUGUCAGAUUGCUGUUGGGCUGGGGCUGAGGGUGAGACUGCCAGAAUCAAGUUGCUAUUGGAAGGUUCAUGCUCCAGACCUGCUGUCUCUCUGCCUCAACAAGAGCCUGAAUGUGUAACACAAGCUGAGAUUGGCUUGAAGAUGGUGGCUCAGCUCACUGGAAUGUACACCAACAGCCAGCAAAAAGACUGCUGGAUUGAGGAACAUUACUGUGGAAACAGAAUGUUGAUCUUGUUCAAUGUUAACCAGUCCUGA